AUGCCUAAUAUACCAGUAAUUAGUAUACAAUGUGAUUGGAAUGACGUCCUCAGAUUACCCAAUGGAAAGAUCUGGAUAUCAUCUAAGUACUUAAAUGUCAAUAGUGUUCACGAUUCUAUCACAACUUCUUUGAAUAAACCCGAUGUGAAAAUCAAAGUAAAUGUGCCUGAUUCCUAUCAAUUAAUAUCUUACUCAAAUCUAAGCCUCAUUCUUAAACAUGUUGAGUCUGGAUUAAGGGUAGCAUUUGUGGCUCCUACUAAGGUGCAUAAUCUCCACAAAAAAGCUGUACUUUCUGUAUGUUCAGCGGAGAACUCAUUAGCGGUAUCUUCAUGUGAAGGAGAUCAGCUAUUAGUAUGGGAUAGUAGAACAAAUGAGACUCUGUUAGACUUGAAAGGACAUGGUGGUCCAAUUUACAAAUGUAGGUUCUUCCCUUCAGGUAUAGUAAUUAUAUCAGCUGGUGCAGAUGGAUCUUGUAAGAUAUGGUCAGCUCAAUCUGGUAUUAAUCCAGUAACAUUAAAAGGACAUGUCAUGUCUGUAGCAGAUGUCUGCAUAGUUGAAAAAGGGAGGAAUGUUAUUUCUGUCAGCAAAGAUGGGACAGCUAAACUAUGGGAUGUGGGAGAAUCAAAAUGCUUGGGUGAUGUAAUAAAAGAUCAAGGACCAAUUAAUUGCUGUGCUUUGACAGCAAUUGAUGCUGAAUGCACAGUUGAAAAUGAUAGAGAGAUAGGCACAGAAAAUAAACUUUUAGUAGUGGGAUGUGAGUCAGGAAUGAUAGUGGGGGCGCAUGUAGCAAAACGAGAAGAGCUUUUCCACACACCACUAAAAUCUCCAUGUAAUGCUUCUAUUAUUGUUGAUGAGACCAUAAUAGCAGGGUGUGCAGAUGGAAAAAUUGUGCACAUCAAUGUUGGAAAUGGAGAAAUAAUAAAAGAAAUACAUGAAUCUGCCAGCCCAAUUCUCUCCAUGUUAGCUCUUCCAAAUAGCCUAUAUAUUGUUGGAAGGCAAGAUGGGAAUUGUACUGUGCUGUCUUUACAAGAUAUGUAUUUCUCAACACGGGUACAACUGACCGGAUCUGAUUGCGACGGGAUAAGAGAUCUAUCCUUUAAUGGAAAAUGGGUGUUUGCUGGAUGUCGGGAUUCUUAUGUGAGGAAAUAUGAUUUCAACCAAAUCAACAUACAUUUUAAGUGA